AUGGAAACAACUGCCCAUUUUUCAUCUCGUACGCUUAACCCUAAUCGAAUUCUCCCUGCCUUGUCGACGUGCCGGAAAACGCCCGUUAGAAAAAUCAUGGCUUCAACUAGAGGGACGAAUAAUGGAGGGGAUCAUUACCAAGGUAAGCUUGUAGAUGAAAGCAUGAUUCAGCUACGAAUGCGCAUUAAAGAGAUGAAGGUAUUAGAGAAAAGUGAUGAACUGCCUUCAAAUUGGAUGGAGUGGGAGAAGCAAUACUUUUUGCACUAUAAUGAAGAUAUUUGUAAAGCAAUUGGGUUGCUGCAAAAUUACUUGUUGAAUGUUAGACCAAGUUUAGCACUAGGGAUGAUAGCGCUCCUUAUGCCCAUAGAAGCUCCCCUUGUGGAUGGAUACUGGUCUCAUGAGUCAUCUGACGAAAACAUCUGUUAUCUCCAAGGACAGCAUAACACAAAUUGGACAGUUGCUCAGAGAUUGGGAAAGCAUAGAAGCUUGGCAGGUUUUGUCUCUUCGAUUUUGAACGCCUAA